AUGAAGAGGCAGAACGUGCGGACUCUGUCCCUCAUCGUCUGCACCUUCACCUACCUGCUGGUGGGCGCCGCUGUCUUCGACGCCCUGGAGUCGGACCACGAGAUGCGCGAGGAGGAGAAACUCCGGGCCGAGGAGACCCGGAUCAAGGGGAAGUACAACAUCAGCGGCGAGGACUAUCGGCAGCUGGAGCUGGUGAUCCUGCAGGCGGAGCCGCACCGCGCCGGCGUCCAGUGGAGGUUCGCCGGCUCCUUCUACUUUGCCAUCACAGUCAUCACCACCAUAGGUUACGGGCACGCAGCCCCAGGCACGGACGCGGGCAAGGCUUUCUGCAUGUUCUACGCGGUGCUGGGCAUCCCACUGACGCUCGUCAUGUUCCAGAGCCUCGGCGAGCGCAUGAACACCUUCGUGCGCUACCUGCUGAAGCGCAUCAAGAAGUGCUGCGGCAUGCGCAACACGGACGUGUCCAUGGAGAACAUGGUGACCGUGGGCUUCUUCUCCUGCAUGGGGACGCUGUGCAUCGGGGCGGCCGCCUUCUCCCAGUGCGAGGAGUGGAGCUUCUUCCACGCCUACUACUACUGCUUCAUCACGUUGACUACCAUCGGGUUCGGGGACUACGUGGCCCUGCAGACCAAGGGCGCCCUGCAAAAGAAGCCACUGUACGUGGCCUUUAGCUUUAUGUACAUCCUGGUGGGGCUGACGGUCAUCGGGGCCUUCCUCAACCUGGUGGUCCUCAGGUUCUUGACCAUGAACAGCGAGGACGAGCGGCGGGACGCGGAGGAGAGGGCGUCCCUGGCGGGCACGCGGAACAGCAUGGUCAUCCACGUGCCGGAGGAGGCGCUGCAGGGCCGGGCGCGCUGCAAGGCGGACGGGGACCUGCAGUCCGUGUGCUCCUGCUCCUGCUACCGGCCGCAGGCGCGCGCCGGCCGCCCCGCGGGGCACCGGAACUCCUUCGGCGCCCAGCUCGGCCCGCAGUACUUCCACUCCAUCUCGUACAAGAUCGAGGAGAUCUCACCGAGCACACUGAAAAACAGCCUCUUCCCGUCCCCCAUCAGCUCCGUCUCCCCGGGGCUGCACAGCUUCCCCGACGACGUCCACAGGCUCACGCGGCGCCGCAAGUCCAUUUAGGGAGCGGGAGGGGCCGCGGCGGCACAAGUCGCCUGCCACGCUGGCCCAGCUCGGCGUUUCCUCCUUGGUUACUUAUUGUCCUUUAUUAUUAUUGUUAGUAUUGUCAUUCACUAUCACUCUCUCUCCCUCUUGGUUUUAUUUCUUCCCCCCCUUUCCAGCAGACGGAGCCGGGAAAGCCCUGCUCCGACACUCACACGUGAGCAUGAAGCAUGGAUCCCGCCUCCCCCCGACGUAUGCCUUACAUCCCCCCAGCUGGCCCGUCGCGGGGCAGCUUUCCUGCGCGACAGGUGUGAGGCCGAGCCCACCAGACCGAGCUGAGAGGACACAGACCCAAAGUUGCACGCCAGGCUGAGAGCCGUCGAGCGCCCACCCACGGUGAUGUCUCUGACCAGACUCCCCUCA